GUCUACAAUGACAUUAAUUUUUGGUUAAUAUGAGUGUGUACAAUUAAUUUAAAAUAGUUUGUCAUGCAUUUUGUUUAUUAUUCAUAAGUUGCAGCUUGACGUUCUACUUAACCUCAAAAACAUAGAAAUGUAUCCAAAUCAAAAACGAACAAAAAACACCACUUCAAACCCAUUUUGCGUUGUUAUUACGGACGGCCAAUAUUACUACGGGUUUUACCAAUUAAAAAAACGCCGAAUCAAACAGUGUCCUUACGUACAACCAGCAAGAACAACGUUAGUUCUAGAUUGUGUUUUUGUGCACUAUUUGAUGAAAGAAUUGGGACUAAGUGAAGUGUUUAGAGUUAGUUUUAUCGUUCACAACGAACCCCUAAUACUUAAAUUGGGACCAACGCAAACCGAUCAAAUUGACCGCAACUGGAACGAACGUGUUAGUUAUAUGGUCAGAGAACACUGCGAGUUGGAACACGCUUUGUCCUGGCUGUCGACGCUGGGCGGUGCGUUUUCCGCUUACGGUGAUUAUUUUACCAAUUGCGCCGAAAUUGCCGGCAAAAUAUCCUAUCACCAGCUGAAAAUAGCCUUAAGACUUGGCGACCCCAACGUGGCGGCCAGGUGUAGAUUAUACUUUGCCUUAAGUCUCAUACAGCAGACAAGAUUCAAGCUGGCAAGGUGGAUUAUAAGUCAUGAGUAUGAGAGAGCAAACAAACAGGUUGUAAAAGAUGUUCGGUUGCUGAAGAUGUGCAAGGGGAUUUGGUCCAAGCUGCAGCAUGAGUUUGAUUUGUACAGGAAAAGGAAUUUAGCUCAAAAAACUGUUAAUAAAUUAGUUAAGUUUUAAAACUUAA